GCUUGCUUCCCGGUAGCGCAAAAAAGAGAAGACUGUGAGCCCACCAUGCCACUGGACAGACUUCGCUUGUGGCUGAGCGCCGUGACCUUCAGGUUCCUGCUUCUCGUUUCGGGCCAGGGCCAGGACUCUACCAGCCCUGUCCGGAUGACACACACAGGGCAAGUGCGAGGGAGUCUCGUCCACAUGAAGAACACUGAUGUGAGGGUCCACACCUUCCUGGGAAUUCCCUUUGCCAAGCCACCUCUGGGGCCUCUGCAAUUUGUGCCCCCUGAGCCCCCAGAAUCUUGGAGUGGUGUAAAGGAUGGGACCUCCCACCCGGCCAUGUGUCUGCAGGAUACGGCUAGCAUGAAUGCAAUGUUUGUGAAAGUAUUGAAUAUGACCCUGCCUUCCACCUCCAUGUCUGAAGACUGCCUGUACCUCAACAUCUUCACACCUGCCCAUACCCACGAGGGCUCCAACCUGCCUGUGAUGGUGUGGAUCCAUGGUGGCUUGCUUGUGAUGGGCAUGGCUUCCAUGUAUGAUGGGUCUGCACUGGCAGCCUUCGAGGACGUCAUAGUGGUCGUUACCCAGUACCGCCUGGGUGUGCUGGGCUUCUUCAGCACUGGAGACAUACAUGCAACUGGCAACUGGGGCUACCUGGAUCAAGUGGCUGCACUACACUGGGUCUAGCAGAAUAUCGCCAACUUUGGAGGUGACCCUGGCCAUGUCACUAUUUUUGGCCAGUCUGCAGGUGGCAUAAGUGUGUCUUCACAUGUCGUGUCCCCCAUGUCUCAAGGACUCUUCCACCGUGCCAUCAUGGAGAGCGGUGUGGCCCUACUGCCCGGCUUCAUCACCAGCUCAUAUGAUGUGGUCUCUGCAAUAGUGGCCAACCUGUCUGCCUGUGGCCAGGUUGACUCAGAGGCCCUGAUGAACUGCCUGCGGGGCAAGAGUGAAGAGGAGAUUCUGGCCAUCAACAAGGCCUUCAAGAUCAUCCCUGGCCUGGUGGAUGGGAUUUUCCUGCCCAGGCACCCCCAGGAGCUUCUGGCCUCUGCUGACUUUCAACCUGUCCCCAGCAUCAUUGGUGUCAACAACGAUGAGUACGGCUGGAUCAUCCCCUCGGAUUUGAUCAAAUAUGGUACCCAGACGGAAAUGAACAGAGAGACCGUGAAGGCUGUUUUGCAGAAAGCAUCAACAAUGUUAAUGUUGUCUCCUGAGAUGGGUGACCUGUUGAUGGAGGAGUACAUAGGAGACAAUGAGGACCCCCUGACCCUCCAAACCCAGUUCCAUGAGAUGAUGGAAGACUACCUCUUUGUGAUCCCUGCACUCCAAGUAGCAAACUUUCAGCGUUCCCAUGCCCCUGUCUACUUCUACGAGUUCCAGCAUCAACCCAGCUUCUCCAAGGACAUCAAGCCAAGCUAUGUGAAAGCAGACCAUGGAGAUGAGGUUCUCUUUGUCUUUGGAAACCCUUUCCGGGGCCGCUAUGUCAAAAUGACUGAGGAGGAGCUGCUGCUGAGCAGGAAGAUGAUGAAGUACUGGGCCAACUUUGCUCGAAAUGGGAACCCCAACAGCGAGGGUCUGCCCCACUGGCCCCUGUUUGACCAGGAGGAGCAAUACCUGCAGCUGGACAUGCAGCCUGUAGUGGGCCGGACCCUGAAGGCCCACAGGCUCCAGUUCUGGACAAAGACCCUACCUGAGAAGAUGCAGGAGCUAAUGGAGGCCAAGGAGAAGCACACAGAACUGUAGCUUCCUGCAUCAGGGGUUGGGGUGUGGGCUUGAGUGCAGGUGGGGGUCUGCCAGAGGUGCCCACACACACCCAGUGAGGAACCAGUAGUUUUUCCUUCAUUUGCAUAGCCCUUCCUUCCUUCCUUCCUUCCUUCCUUCCUUCCUUCCUUCCUUCCUUCCUUCCUUCCUUCCUUCCUUCCUUCUUCUAUCCAUCCCCCCAGCAAACAUUUAAGAACUUACCACAUGUUAGUUGCCAAGCCUGCCAUGGGUCCUUUCUUGUUAGACACACUCAAUAAAUCCUCCCACAAAGCUGGGGGUGGGCAAAUCCCAAUGGAAGUUUACCUUUCCCAACAUCCCACUGGGCCCUUGGCCCCAUCCUCCCUUCCUCACCUCCACUCCCUUCCCACCCUCUCUCCUCUCCCUUUGAAGGAGGAUGCUUUGGGGAAUGUCUGCCCAUACCUGGCUCAGCAUCACUUGCUCUCCUAUCUCACCAACUCACUGGGUGCAUCCACAUUAUUUUCGUUACUUACCUCAUUGUUUUCCCUAAACUUUUAUUCUCACUUUACCCUCUCCCUGCAAAAACCCCUCUCUUAUAUUUUAUCUCAACAGGUAAAGGUAGCAAUUAUGUUCAUUCUGCCUCUUUGUUCCACCAAAGCAGUUUCCCUCUGUCAUUAAGAGGCUGCAUUCCUCUUCUCAUAGACCCAGGACUCCCCACCUCUGACCCUCUGGCACUAGAUUUCCCAGAAGGAAAGUCCCCCUUCUUUCUGUCUCGCUGUGUUUAAGCCCAACUGUGGAACCUCCUGAAGUGAGGCUUGAUGAAGAUUCCAGCAUUGCCCACUCUGGCCACCAGAUGGCAGAAAAGUAUAACCUUAAGUUUGAAACGACCAACUCAGGAGAGGGAAGGGGCUUUCCUUUCAGUGAACACUUAACUGGUGCAUAGUGCUUCCCCUGCAUCCAGAAAGCAUUUAUUAAGCACUUAUGGCACGCAUGCCUCUGUACAUUUUUCAUCCUGCAGAUACACAGGAUACUUCCACAAAGUGUAUUCCUAGGACUAGCUUUAGUAAUCUUAUUUUUUAACAGCUUUGUUGUAGAAUAAUUUACAUACAAACAUAUUCACCCAUUUUAGAUGUAUAGUUUGAUAAAUUUGGAUAAAUGUAUAAGACACACAACUACUAAGUUUUAGGGUGCAUUUGUUGCUCCAAAAUUUCCUUUAUGACCCUUUGCACUGCCCUCACCCUGACCCACACAACCACUAAACCGCUUUCUGUCGCUAUAGUUUGCCUUUUCCAAGUGUCAUAGAAAUGGAAUCAUCUUUUUACUGGCUUCUGUCUCUUAGUACACUGUUUUUGAGAUUCAGCCAGUAGUUCUUCUCUUUUCUUGCUGAGUAGUAUUCUAUACAUGACAUGCCACAUUUUAUGCAUUCACCCCUUGAUGGACAUUUGAGUGAUUUCUAUUUUUUGUCUAUUUUUAAUAAAGUCGCUAUGAACAUUUUCACAA